AUGCUGGAGUGCGCUAUUGGCCACCCUCCGGAAGCCGUGUGCGGUAAGCCUUCGCAAGAUCUGCUGCGGACCAUUAUCGCCACUUACAAUCUCGAUCCCUCGCGCACGUGCAUGGUUGGUGACCGACUUUCGACGGACAUCGAGUUCGGCAACGCCGGUGGCCUCAACACUUUGCUGGUGUUGACUGGAAUUACGCACGAGUCGGAGCUGGGCAGCAUCGAAAACGCUCUUUACGUGCCUGACCACUAUGUUGACUCGGUUGACGUGAUCAACCAGCUCCACGCUGAGACGCUAGAGAAUUAA